GUCAUGGUUAGUUGAUUUUGGCAAAGUUUUGAAACGGUUGAUGAACAAUUCAAAAAAUGGCAGCGUGUGUAGAUGCAAAUAAUACUCUGAGAAGUGACGAUGAAAAUAAUAUAACUAAACCCGAUUCUAUUAUUGGGGAUAUAAACAUUAAAACGUCUCUUUAUCAUGGGCCUGGAUGGUACGUACCAUCUGAACGAAAAUGGGUGAACUACAGUGAUUACUCCUCACUCCCGAGAACGACGAACAGAGAUGCUAUUGAUUUCCGGUCCGAAAAAGACUUCAUAGGCUUUCUAAAAAAGCGUGACAUACCAAAUUAUAAGAAGAUCACAGCUUACUUUCCUUCUCAUCCUCCUUCUAUCAAGUCUGAAAGUUUUUACCGGAUACCACCCUUUCAAGCGGGAAGUGGGAGCAAUAAUGGAACUAAGCCAUGUACUAUUUGGAGAGGUGCGGAUCAUUAUGAAUACUACCAAGAGGUAAUCACUUACUAAUAGUUUAUAGACCUUAUGAUAGUACACAUAUUUUAUUAUUUUGCUUAGUUUCAUGGAACAAUAAUCCACAUAGAAACUUAUUUGCUACUUAUGAGAGGUUUUGCAAUUUGAAUAAAGCCGUGAGUAUUAUUAGGUGACUGAAAUAGAUGUAGCUGUGAGACAUUCAGCUCGUUUCUCUGUUCUUCGUUUCAUUUCCCUUCUUUUAAAUCACAUUUUUGACUUCAUAAUUCUUCUGGACUAAUAUUACACUGAAGGUACGAUUUUAGAAUACUUUACCUCGCUAACAUGUUGCUGUUGAAAGCUACUAUUCAGUUAGCAUAAUAGAGAACUGCAUAUAAGGUGAAGCUACAAUAUAAUAAAUAGGGAACAUUCCAAUUUAGGACAGACAAAGCUAGAUCAACACAACGGCACGUAUUAUACUUGGAAUUUUUAAUAAGAAUGAAAUCAAAUACAAGGGAAUCAUCAUUAAAUACAAAUGCUUCACAUAUUCGACAAUAAUAUCAACAAUUUUUAAAAUUUUUAUAAUCUUUUGAUAAACGGGAUUCACAGAAAUUUACUCCUACAAAACAUAUGCUCUCUACUCGUCCAUUAUCUUCAUUAGUAAUAAUGGGUUUCGUUAACACUUUGACAAAAUACAACCACUGUGAUUAAAAUCCUUUGAAUUUUAGAGUCACUAAUGAACGAAUCUCAAAACAAUGUUGCGAUUAAACAUUUCAAUUCCUAGAUAGCUGAAUGAAACACUUACUUGAGAGCUUCUGAAAUCUUCCAGUGGUAAAGACGAUUUGCGAUGUUUAGUAAGAAAACUGAAGAUUUGGAAGGUUUGUAGUGUCGGUUGAUAUGUUGAGCCCAUAUACUUUAUUAUAGCUUCAAAACAAGCCAAUUUACCUACUCACCAUGGGUCACGUUUUGACUUUGUUAAUUAUUCACUUAUCAACCCUGAAUGUUUUUUUAUAUGAGCGUAGGUGUGUGUACACUUCUUAUCCUAUUCAUCACA